GACGUCCAGGUUUUAAGUACGAAAUAGUGCUUACCAAGCGUUUUGACAGCUUAUAAACAUAGUUAUAGAAGCACAACUGAUACAGUGUUAUUUUUUCACUGAUUCAAAAGAACAGUUAUGCUGGACAUUAUAUGUAUACAUCUUUAAUAAUAAAAAACCAAAGUUGAAGUAGUAAAUUUCUACAAUGAAGAUACAACCUCUACCAUCAAAUGUAAGGUCUUAUUUAAGAUCAGGUGUUGCCAUCACCAGUGUAACACAAUGUGUGGAGGAACUUGUCCUAAACUCACUGGAUGCAGGAGCAACUUGUGUGGCUGUGAGACUUGAUCUUAAUUGUUUUAAAGUUCAAGUUGUUGACAAUGGAACUGGUGUGCCAAAUGAUCAGCUUGAUAUUUUAGGAAAUAGGUUUUGUACAAGUAAGUGUCACACUAUAGAAGACCUUAAUAAUUUGUGUCACUUUGGGUAUCGUGGUGAAGCCCUUGCCAGUAUAAGGGACUCCUGUGGUAUAUUUGAAAUAACAACACAGUCUAAACUUAGCAGUAAAACAUACUGUAAAAUUUUCCAGAAUGGCAAAAGUUUAAAAGUUGCUGAAUCAACAAUAGUCAGGCCAAGUGUAGGGACAACCAUCACUGUGCAUGAAUUGUUCAGUAAUUUUCCUGUUAGACAGAAAUCUAUGAAUAAGAAUUUAGAGAUGGAAAGAAUAAGAGAAAUGCUCGAAGGAGUCGCUCUUAUCAGGCCCGGAAUAUCGUUCACACUGCGUAAUGAUUCUACAGGACAAAUGGUUUUAUCAACAAGAAAGUGUGCUAGUGUUAAUUCAACAUUUGGCCAGUUAUAUGGCUCAGCAAAAGCUGACAUGCUUGUUGAGGUCAGAGGUUCAAAACAGUUGUUUCAAGUACAAGGAUACAUUGGUAGAGAAGGCCAUCAAAGAAAGAAUCUUCAGCUUAUUUACAUUAAUGGACGCAUAGUUAAGAAAACCAAAGUACAUAAGUUGCUUAAUAAACUAUUGUUGAAUCUUCCAGCACUUAAGCCAAAACUAAGACCUUCCUCUAAAUCACCACAGAUGCUAAGUAUCAAACAAAAUCUGUUUUCUAGUCCACCAAAGUUUUCAGAGGCAUAUCCAGUUUAUGUUUUGGAAUUUAAAUGCCCCAUCUCAGAAUAUGACAUUACUUUUGAACCAACAAAGACUAUGGUAGAAUUCAAAGAUUGGGACACAGUUCUAGAAUGUGUUGAAGAAGUCACAACAUCAUUUCUUGACAAGGAGAACAUUGUUGUUAAAACAGAUGAAGUUCAAAGCAGAUUUUAUAAUGCAAUCACUGCAACUGAAAAUAAAAAGCAAGAAAAACCAGUGAUAUCAGCUGAUAAUAUGAAAGAUAUGCUGUCAUCAAAGUUGGUUAAGAAGGUAACAAAUGUUGUGAAAGAAUCUUCAGAUGAUAGAAACUCUGGUGAAGAUAAUUCUGCUGAAUCUUUGGUAAAGAUAGAUGCUUUUAAAACCCCAGCUAAUAAUGCAAAAGUAUCAGUUAAAGGUGUAAGAGGUCUAGGAAAUAGAAAUAUUGAGGUAGAAACUGAUACAGACUCAGAAAUUGAAACAACUACAACAACAGAUGACACACCAAGUACUGAUGAAUCAUUUGACAAUGAAAUACAAAUAUCUGUAAAAGAUAAAAAUGAUAGAAAUGAUGCAGAUAGUUGGACAAACUCAAAAGCUCAGGUUGGAAAAUCUGACAAUAAGAAAUAUUGCAACCCAACAACUAAAUGCAGUCUUUCAAUGUUUAGAGAGUCUAUUGGUAAAUUUACAGGUAGACCGGCUAAGAAAGUCAAUAUCGACGAGAGUCUUAAGAAAUUGGAUAGGAUAAUGCCAUCCUCUUCCAAGACAAAUAGUAAAACAUUAGUCAGCUCGCUGCAAAAGUUUCGAAGAAAAGUUGAGAUUAGAAAUACUGCUGCAGAGACAAAAAUAAACCAAGCAGAGGACAAAAAAGCAAACAGUUUUAAUUUAGGAGAAGAUAACAGGGAAAGAUCUAAUCAUAUGCAAUAUAGAGAUAAGUCAGAAACAAUGCCAAAAGCAUUUGCAACACCAGAUAUAAAUCUCUCAAGUUAUAAUGGCUCAAAUGUGUAUGAAAAUGAUGUUCAAUUAGCAACCACUUCAAAAGAGAAACAGGGUACAAUUAAUACCUCCAUAAAUACAGAAUGUAGUAAAGUUUAUUCCUUAGAUCUUGAUGAGAAUAAAACAAGUAACUCCGCUGAAGAUAAACAGUUUAAGUUUUCACUAUGUUAUAACAAUAUUAGAGAUGAAUAUGGUCAUAUAGAUGACCAGAAAUUUAAUACAUCAGCAAACAAUACUGAAGAUAAGCCGAAUGGAGAAGUAAGUCUUCUAUAUACGGACAUUGAAGGACCUGAGAGAAAGGGCAGCAUCAUUGAUAUGGGAGAGCUUCAUAGUGCUCAAUGUCAUUCAUUAUAUGUUGAAAAAAGUGAUCAGAGACUUGAUGGUAUUCCUGACAAUGAUUUCAGAAAUGCAAUUUUUGAGAGGAAAAGAUCCUGUUUAGAUUCAGACUUAUCACCUGUGCCAGAAAAACAAUUCAGGUAUACUGCAAGACCAUUAGCUCUUGAAGAACUUAGAAUGGAUGUAACAUUUAACAAAGCUAACUGUGAUAGGUAUGGCAAUAUGUGCAAUAAAACUGAUUGUGAUAAAAUAGAUAUAAAUUAUGAAGAUAUUGAAACCUCUGAGAAUUUUAACCCCGUAAACAUCUGUGAUCAUGUUAAUAGAGUGUGCACAGGGAAUAAUUCACCUUGUAUAAGGACAGAUAGUGUUAGACAUGUGCCUGAGAAACAAGUUUGCAUUGAAGGAAUGAAUGAAAAUAAGAUAGAGAAAGGACCUGAUGAGGCUGAACAUAAUGAUGUUUUAAUCAGUGCAAAUAAUGAAGUAGAGAAAAAUGAAAUGCAUGUAGAUACUUUUAUUGCCAGCACACAGGCAUUUAGCCCAAGAAUGAGCCCACAGGUUGAAACAGUUGAUGUUAGUCUUGAGGAAAAUUAUAUCAUUGAAAACUCAAAGACACCAGAAUCCAUGGGUUUCAGUCCAAAACUUAUAAUUGAAGCUAGCACUACUCCAUGCUCUACAGGUUUUGAUCCAAGUGAAAGUAUUGAAGGAAAUGUUGAACAAAGCAUUAGAAAUGAUAAAGAGAAAGAAGAAAUAAAUGGAAAAGAUUGCACAAAUGAAUCAGGAAAAGACAUUGAAUUGAAGAUUGAAAUUGAAACCAACAAGUAUGAUGAAGGUGAUAAAGUUUUAGAAGAAAAAGCAAUGUUAACAAGUACAGAAGAUAAGAUAAUUAGCUUUGCUUAUAGUGAAUCAAUCACAUUGACUCAGUUAUUCAGAACUCCACAGAAAACUGAGAGUGUCAGUACAGAACAAAGUGCAGAUACUGAUACAUUAGGUACAGGCACUGAAUCAACAGAGGUCAAGAUGAAAGGUUUCAGUUUUGAUGAUUUGUUUAGUCAAACACCUACAUGCAGCAGUGUCAAUGUAGAUACUGGAAUUGAUUCUGGCAAAGUAGACUAUGAUAAAGAAGUUAAGAAUGAUCAGUUUUCAAAUGCUUGUUCUGAUUGUUCUACAGUUACUACAAACAAAAGUCUGAGCUCAAACAGUAGGUGUGCAGAAAUAGAUAGUAACAUGGACGUUGGUUUUGUGGGAAGGAAAAAUGAAACUGAACCCAGCUUUGUAGAAGAAACAGAAGAAAAGGAAUCUGAUAAUCUUUGGGGAGAUUCACCAUGGGAUAUUUCUGACAGCUCAUUUUAUCUAAGAGAUGAAAUAAAAUUGAAUGAAAAUGAUGAAUCUGAGGACAAGGAGCUAGAAAGUGAUGGAACUGAUGGUCAUGAGGAAAAUAAAGAUUCAACAAAAGUUGACAGGGAAGACUCUGUUAAAGCGGUUGAUGAAAGCACAUUUUUGGAUGAUCAAAAUUUAAGAACCAUGGACAGUUUAAAUGCAUGGUACAAUAAUUUAGAUGCUGGGACAACUGGAACAUCAAAUAUUUUACAGUCAAACAAACCGUCAGAUGUUGUCAGAAAACUGCAUGCUUGUAGGUUCUCUAAGAAAUCUCUGAAAUCUGUCAAGGUACUCGGCCAGUUGGACAAGAAGUUUAUAGCCUGUCUGAUUAAUACAGAGCAGCAGGGUUCAAAUACAGACAUGACAAUGUUGGUGUUGAUAGAUCAGCAUGCAGCACAUGAAAGAAUCAGAUUGGAGAUACUUACUGAAGAUGCAUUUGAGGAAGGUGUGAAAGGUGGACAGUUAGCUCCCUUUGUUGUUAAUCCCCCUCAGACUAUGACAUUUGCUGAGCAUGAGAUCAGGACUAUACUUGCAUUUCUAGAUGGAUAUCAAAAGCUAGGGAUAAGGAUGAAAAAAGACUCUGCAACAUCAAUGUUACUCACAUCUGUUCCUGCAAGCUUGGUGAACAGAGAAAAGAAUAAUAAGAUUUACUGGAGCACUAUACAGGUGUUGAUUAGAGAAUAUAUUGCAGUCUUUAUGUCAACACAAGUGUCUUGUGGAGUGUUACCUCAGACUAUACAUAAAGUACUAUGUUCUCUAGCCUGUCAUGGUGCAAUAAAGUUUGGUGACAAAUUAGCAACUGAUGAGUGUGAGAAGCUGAUCAAAGAUUUAUCAAGAUGUGAUUUACCGUUCCAGUGUGCACAUGGUCGACCUUCAGUUACACCAUUAUUUCACAUUGACAAACUACAAUCACUCUCACAUUCUAAGGUUCAAGCCAAACCAAAACUUUGGAAACUUACACAAGCUUUGAAAAUGAAAUCAAAGUAGCUAUAUAUAUAUGUGUUAUUAAGACCCUUAACACCCUUAACCCGCUGGAACCAAAAGUGAUUAGCUUUACCACCAGUACAGAGUCUGUUAGUAGCUGAAUUUUUUUUGUAUUUUCAUAUUGAAAACCCUUAAAAUUUGAAUGAAUUGUUCCAAAUUCAAAGAUGGCCAAAUCCAUAACACAAAUUCAGCAAGUAAAUGGUUACGUUUUUGAACACUCAAAAUAAAAUGCAGUAUUUAUUUUCAGAUAAUUUGCAUAUAGUAAAUUCAUUAUUAAGUCUUGUGUUUUAAAAACUAAAGUGUACACAAUAUAUUUAAUCUUCAUACUUGGGUAACAUAAUUUGUGUUACUGUUUAAUCCAAUGCAGAGAGCACCUUGUAUACAUUUACAUGUAUACAUUAUCUUGGGAAAAAAAAUGAAUUUCAUCUAUUAUUUUGUCAUGGGAAGAUUUCCUUCCAUCAUCAUAUUUCGGUAUAUCUGUUUUUAUUAUUUCACCAUCUGUGAUUUAUUUAUUGAUGAGAUUAUUGUGAUAUCUUUUUACUGUUUUUUUUUAUUGAUAAACUUAAUAAAACAGUCAAUAUUGUUUUUUUGUCUUGUAUUGUAACAGCCUGAUCUGUCAGUCUGCUAGUAAGGUAUUCUUGGCGAGCUAAAAUCUGAUGUCAGAAUAUGUUUUCUUAUAGAGGAAAAUAGCCGAGUGACAAUAAUAACAUCAGAUUUCACAAAUGGCAAAACUUUACAUGUAUUUCAAACUGAAAAGCCUCCAUUUCUCAUAUGAACAUAUACAUGUAGUAGUCUUUGAUCACUCUACCAAGUAUAAAACACAGCUAGUAAAGGGUGAAUUUAGCAGGGCACAGUUAAGCCACUCUAUCAUUCCUGGGAAAGCAGUCAGGCAGUUUACCAGUUACAGAUGCCUUCCCUUUAGCAAGGAACUGCUACUAACUUCUGUACAUGCCAGAGCAGAGGUACAGUGUGAAUGAUUGUAGAAAGGAUUUCAUAUAAAUUUCAACAAAUAACCUGCACCGCCCAGGAAUCAAACCUGGUUACCGAUUCACAGUCCAACGCUCUACCAAUUGAGCUUACUGGGCAGUACCAAAGUUUAAAUACAGUAUUUUUUUUACAAUGUGAUUGGUGGAAGGCAAUGGGUCGCUUCAAUGAAAAGUGAUAACAUCAGCAAUAUUAAAGUAGAAACUUGAAUUGAAUGACUUGCAACAUCUGCUUAUUUGAGGACACACUUGGUAUAAUAAAAAAUUAGAUAGCUAAUUAUUUUGGAUUGCUUAAAAAAAUUACAUCCUUCAACUAAUAAAAUAAUACAGUUGUGUAUCAUUUCUGAUAAAUAGAUUGUACUAUCUCUUGCUGUUAAUCUUGCCAGUUUGCUGAAUUAAAGUGGGUCUCUAUGGUUCAACAACUUUGUAAAUUGUACACUGCAUAAAAUGUAUAUACCA